AUGGGACUCUCGAGUUUUCCUAGCCCAGCUGAAGGUGUGAUACCUUUACUAGUAAUGAACGCAGCUAUGUAUGUGGCUUUAGUAAAGAAUUUGCUGAGAACUUUGCUCCAAGUGGUGGGUGCUAAUGGCGGGGGUGAGGCGGAGCAAGUUUUGGACGAAGAGGCUUCAAGAACCAGAAGAGUGUCGAUAACCCGGUAUGAUUCUCUAUGCAGAAACAGAGGUGGUGGUGGAAGGCGGCCCUGCCGUGAUGAUGGUGGUUGCGUCACCAGUGGCAGUGUUGGCAAUAUGUGGCCUACAGUGGAGUGUUGCGUGUGUCUAUGUAGAUUUGAAGGUGAUGAAGAAGUGAGUGUACUUUCUUGCAAGCAUUUCUUCCAUAAGGGGUGUUUGGAGAAGUGGUUUGAUAAUCAACACACAACUUGUCCUCUUUGUAGAUCCACCAUAUAA